ACUGAGGGGUUGGCCACCUCUCCUCUAUAAAACUGUCCCCUCCUUCAGCAGCACCUUCACUCCUAACACCGAGAAGAAAACAGAAGAAGUGGACAGCAUCCAUCAGACAUAUCUCCCCAACAAAGAGGAUGGCUGGCCUGUGCUGGAUGGCGGUGAUGCUGGCCGUCUUCCUGUCUGCUGAAAACAGUCUGGCUGUUAUGGACCAAAACAGGCUUGCUGCAAUUGUACAUGGCAUCUUGAGAGAGUACAGAACUAGAGGCAUGUUCAGUUUAGCUAUAAGAAUCCCAGACAACCAGAACCAGAACCUUAAGCAGAUUCUUCAGCAAGUCUUCGGAAGUGAUCCUGGUAACAAUGUGAAGAAUACAAUCAACAGUGGUGAGGUGUACAUCGGCAACAGGGUGGUCGCAGCCAAAGUCCUGCAGCGGCCGACUGGAGGAGCUGAACACGCAGAGUCACGUGUUGUGGACCACUUGGACCACUUAUUCAACAGUCGCAAUGCUAACGAUCACGAUUGGUUGCUUUUCUAUGUUUAUGCCUCCCCUUGUGUUGAAAAGUGUUCAAGCAACAGACAUCGUGAGAGCAUUCUCCAAAGAUUAAAUCACAUCCGUCAAUGGGAUAAUUAUGCUGUUGUGUUUUCUACAAUUUUCAUACCCAGAACUGGUCAGCCCAACACUGACCGACAACGGAGUGCAGCUCUUCAGCGCAUCGGGAGUUCAGUUGGUCUGGACAACAUAUUCCGUUGUGCCAGACAAGAUCAUAGGAUGCAGUGCACCAGCUGCUCCGUUGGUGGUCAGGUUGCACCUUACUGUGUUAGCAAUAGUUAACAGCCUGGUUCCAAACUGUCCUCCUCUUCAGGUUGAGGGCAGCGGGCUCACAGUGUCACUGUGGUAGAAACUAAACACUGGCUAUUGUGGGUCAAGCCACUGUUGGAUUGCCCUCCAACAUGAUUUUAACUAUUACUGCUCCUAAGCCAUUCUUUGUCUAAACCGAGUCUCUGCUCCUAAUACAAUCCUCCCACCACAUCAGUGUGCGUCCCUGUAGGUUUGUUAGAACCUGAACUAGAGUGCAUGCAAGUCUCAUGAACCCACUGAGACUGAGAUAAAGAAAUGAUUUAUACUUAAAAUGCGUUUUUUUUUAUUUCAUACUACAAGAUUGUAUCUAAAUAAUUUGUUAUAAUUCAAUAACUUCCAUCUACUUGCCCAGUGACCCAGAAAGUGGCACCACUAAAUCCAUCAAUACAUAUCCAAAUUUGGAUAGUGCAACAUUCCUAUUUUGUGGGUUUUGUUUCCCCGUUUACCUGUUUUAUAAAUCAACCUCAGUAUUUACAGUUCAUGUCACUGUACUCUAUAUACUUCUGUAUACUUCUGUUAAGGAUCACCAAGUCCUCUGAUUUUCUGAUUAAAGCUUGGCUCAGCAUCCA